AUGCCAUUUGGAAUAUCUCCAGCGCCAGAAUACUUUCAGCAAUUUCUUGAACAAAACUUAACAGGUCUUUCGGGUAUUAAAGCGAUCGCUGAUGACAUUAUAAUUUAUGGCAAAGGUGAAACCUACGAAGAGGCUUUGCGCGAUCAUGACAACAACAUGCAGAAUAUACUUGAAAGGUGUCAAGAACGAGGCAUUAAGCUAAACAUGGACAAAUUUCAGCUUCAUAAAACUGAAAUGCAAUCUGUAGGACAUUUACUCACGGAUAAAGGAGUACAAGCAGAUCCGUCGAAAAUUGAAGCUAUUACGAAAAUGCCUAAGCCAACAGACAAAAAAGCUGUCCAACGGUUAUUAGGUCUUCUCAACUACCUAGCAAAAUUUCUCGAUAAGCUUAGCCAGAUGUGCGAACCGUUAAGACAACUUACGCGUAAAGAUGUUGUGUUCAACUGGAGACACGAACAUGACGAAGCGUUUGACACAAUCAAGCAGUCAGUGUGCAACGCGGCAGUAUUUUGCUACUAUGAUUCUAAACUAGAAACAAGCCUACAUAGCUGUGCUACGCACGUAGAAGAAGUACUGUUGACAGACUACGAGAAAGAGAUAGAAUCUACAUGUUUGUCAGAUUAUUUGGCAGUUUCGUCUGGAAGACAAACUAGAAUCAAGCAAGCUACGCUCGAAGACAAGACAUUGGUAAAGCUGAUUGAGUGUAUUAAGAAUGGAUGGAAUAAAGCGCCGAGAGAAGUAAAGCCGUAUUAUUCUGUCCGGGAUGAACUAUCGGUAGAUAACGAUUAUUUCAGUAAUUUCUUUGAAAUAGAUCGACUGUAUGAAACAACGUCGAAGGAAAUAGUCGCCAAGUUGAAACAGCAUUUUGCAAGGCAUGGAAUUCCUGAACGUGUGAUCUCAGAUAACGCAAGUGUUUACAAAUCAGAAAAGUUUAAAUCAUUUUCAAGGAAAUGGGAUUUUACGCAUGUGACUUCAUCUGCAAGGUAUCCACGAUCAAACGGAAAAGCUGAAAAUGCAGUUAAGACUGCGAAAUGUAUUAUGAAAAAAGCAAAACAUUCGCAUACAGACCCGAUGCUAGCACUUCUAAAUUUUAGGAAUACACCUCAACAGGCUACAAGUUAUAGUCCAGCUCAGCAGCUGAUGAACAGAAAAACACGAACAUUACUACCGGAGAGAUCAAAUCAGUUUCAGUCUAGCAUACCGUCAAAUGUUAAGGCUAAACUUCAAAAAAGAAAAGACAGACAAGCCUAUUAUUAUAACAGGAAUGCAAAGCCAUUAGACUGUUUGCGAGCUGGUGAUACUGGGAGAAAACAGCCGAAUGAAAGAAAUAAAACUUGGGAAAAGGGAACUGUUGUCGAAAAACCACAAACGCGGUCUUACAACGUUCUGAGGGAGAAUGGCACGGUAGUGAACCGAAAUAGAAAACAUCUCCGACGGACGAGUGAACUUUUCAAUGAACAAAGGGAGGAGACUGUAGACAUAGAUCCGAAAAUAAACGACCAAGAGUUGUUGCUCAAGACAGAUUCUUGA